AUCAUCGGCGUUAUCGACCCGUUCCUGUCGUUGGCAGAAAUUUUCAACACUCACCGUUCGGUCUUUUGCCUGUGGUUUAUUUAAGUUAAAAUUAUAUAAAAGUUAUUGCGAUAGGAUAGAACCUUUCGAAAUGCGGCUUUUACUGGGACUGACGUUGUCCUUGGGCAUAAUUUGUAACGCCGCGCUCGCCCAUUACAGUGGACCAUUCCUGUUGUGGGGUGUCAACGAGUUGAAGGAUAUCGAAGUGCCAGCGUUGGGAGAACUGGACGAUAAGUUUCUACGAGAUGUAUAUUCCAGCGCUGCCGCGGUGGUAGUUUUCCUACGCAACGGAACCACUAAACUGAACGAUGACAAUUUCCCCAGUUUCCGGAGAAUAAUCGAAAAGCAUGAAUAUGUCUAUAGCUCACAGCAGGAGUUGGUAUCGAACCCGCUAGAUUACAAUGUCAACGCAGAGAUCAUUAAUCUCGUUGGUUCGCCCUCGCAGCAGGACGUGGAACUGUCCGCACUUUAUCGUGACUCGGUUGGCAACUAUGGCGAGCGCAAGGUGCUGGGAAUUUUGGCAAAUCGAUGGGACGAACCGCAUCACGGGUUGCAUAAACGUGAAGCCAAUGGGGAAACAGUGGCAGAAUCCGCGAGUAGUACCACACCGGCCGCACCUACCGAAGAGCCGGAAAUCGAUGAUGCGAUUUAUCUUGUCUAUAAGAAGGGGUUGAUUUACAUCAACUCUCCGCCCCGUAUCAAUACCACCGAUGGUUUCUAUACGCUCAACAAACACACUGUUGCAACAUCCGACUCGAGAGGAAAGGAAUUCAGAAUUGAUGUCAAAUUUCAAGUAGAGGACACAAUAAAGUUGACUCUCAAAUUCCGAUUCGAUAUUGGCUCGGGAUACUGGACAAUGCCAAAGGUGGACGUCGAACUGAUCGACACCAAGAACUCGGAUUGGACCAAGAACUAUGAGCUGGAUAUCGAAGGGGAUGCACCUUAUGCACCGACAAACUUCUCGUACUCCUGCUCGCGGCCACUGGUCUUCCGCAAUGGAACCACCGUGCUAACCUUGGAGAAUAUUCAGGUCCAACCGACGGGGCUUAAUGGCACUAGGUUUGGCCCUGCAUGGGACUGCAUCGGAUUCACGACGGUCCCUAUUUGGAGCGGUAUCUUUGUGACGACGAUCAUGGCGGUAGCGCUGGCGGUCGCUAUCUGUGCCAUACUGGACAUUAAACCACCGAACCGGUUCGAGUCCCGCACCGGCAAGCAGCUCACGUUCACCGUUCAGGAGUAAGUCGAUACCGAGAGGCCCGGUGACAUCGAGAGGUCGGUCAAUCAGAUAAUAGAUAUGAAAACAGCUCUCUAGUGUGAUAUUACAGUCCGAUUAGCCAGCAAGGCGAGUGCGGAGCGAUAGUGUGUAAUAUAAUCUUGAACCAUGAAAAGCUAAGAGAAAAUAGCAUAACUAGCCAUUAAGCCAAAAGUUAAUGAUUGCUUGAACCUGGACCGACCGACCGAGGGACCGGAUCAAGCUGUGGAGCAAAGCGAGUAAUAAACAAAACAGACAAGUUGCAAACUUCCUUCCCUUCGGAAGAUAUCCGAAGCUGGUCGGUUGCACUUGCACAUAGCGAUUGCAUUUCAUAUCUUGAUUUUGCAUACCACUUAAAGGCAGUAGCUCAUUUGCGACUGUUGACAUUCCAAUUUGAGAAGCGAUGAGUGAAACUAAAUCGAUACUAAAGUUCAAUGUUUUACGAUCCCCUCUGAGUAUUCCGUUUUGUGGGGAACUGAUUUCUCGCUCAUAGAUUACAGCUUCCGAAGUACCGGUUUGUGGAGCAAAAUAAGAAACAUGUAAUUGUCUAAUUAAGAUGUUUAGCAUUAAAAAAAACCGUUGUAUGUUUAGUAACCGCUGAAUAAAGUUAGUUCUCAUACCCCGGCAACGUAAUCGGAGUAUCAAUAAAAUUUAAAUCUAGCUGAAUAA